ACGACCGAUCGAGAGCCAGGGAGCUGAGAACCAAGCGUGCUCUUCCGCUCGCCAGAGGAGCCAGAGCCGCCCGGCCCCUCCGCCGCCGCCGCACAAAGCCUCGAGCCCGCGCCGGAGCCAUGUCCGCGUCCGCCGGCGGUGGCCACCAGCCCAGCCAGAGCCGCGCCAUCCCGACGCGUACCGUGGCAAUCAGCGACGCCGCGCAGCUACCUCAGGACUACUGCACCACGCCCGGGGGAACGCUGUUCUCCACAACGCCGGGAGGAACACGAAUCAUUUAUGACCGAAAGUUUCUGUUGGACCGUCGCAAUUCUCCCAUGGCACAGACCCCACCUUGCCAUCUGCCCAAUAUCCCUGGAGUCACCAGUCCUGGCACCUUAAUUGAAGACUCCAAAGUAGAAGUGAACAACUUGAACAAUCUGAACAAUCAUGAUAGGAAACAUGCAGUUGGGGAUGAGGCUCAGUUUGAAAUGGACAUCUGACUCUGCUGCAGUGUCAAAGGAGGCCGCACGCAGCGGCCCGUGUGCACCUGAGUGGGCCAGUAGGAGCAAGUGAACAAAGCUCCGGCUCCUCCUCCCCUCCCUCUGGGUGCCAAAUGAUGGGAGAUGGGCUCCAUCUGACCACAUCUUCCCUGUCUCCUGCCCUCUGCCCAGUUAAGUUAGGUUGAAAGCCCUUGGAUAUUCUGUGGAACUGACCAGGCCACAGAGGAGAGCAGGCCCUGUAGCUUCCCUGGUCACUUCCCAAGAAUCUUCCUGUCCCCUUGAGACUUAACCCCAAGUCUAGGAGACCCCCCAAACAGCACCUCUGCCUGGAGUGUGGGGAGGGAGGAGGCUGAGUGUCCACUUUGGUUGCUGUGCUCUCUUCUGUCUUCCCUCCCGCAUCCUGCUGGCCAUGCGGUGCUGGGUGUGGGAUCUUUAAACCCUCGGAGUCGGAGAGAAUGCUGAGAUGAGCUGCUUGUCCCGUCCCUGGAGAUGUGUGUCCUUGGCACUGGAGCACCUGUACCUCCAGCACCUCCAGCUGCUUUCCUGGGACAUGUGACAUCAGUCUCCCUUUUCUCUGGAGGAAGGCUUCUGUCUUGGGUGUGGUAGCUCAUCUCGCCAUUUCUUUACUUAAUUCAUUGGCGUGGGUUGGGUUUUUU